UAAUGGCCGACGUUCAACAUGUUUUCGCUAUGAUGAUGAGUAAAAAUCGGUUUUCUUUAUAAUCCGUCAUAAAAUAUUGGUUAGCACCAGUGCCAUUUAUUCAAAUACUUCAAAAUGCCUCCAGCCACAAUUACCAUGAUAGAGGCCGAUGUUGUGAAGCUCAUUUCGGAGUUUCUUCAGAACCGAGAACUGAACAUAUCCAUGCUGGCCUUGGAGAGGGAGACAGGAGUGAUCAAUGGAAAAUUCUCAGAUGACAUGCUUUUUUUGAGACAGCUAAUUCUUGAUGGACAGUGGGAUGAUGUUAUUGACUUUAUACAGCCUCUUGAAACAAUUGGCGGUUUUGAUGCUAAGAAGGUGAAGUAUCUUGUGACGAAGCAUAAAUACCUUGAACUUCUUUGUAUAAAGUCUGAGCCUAAUGUGAUGCAGAAUUAUGAAUUCACUGUGGAGGAAGUUGUUAAAACUUUAAACAGCCUUGAAAACCUUUGUCCGACUAAGGAGGAUUAUAGUAAUCUGUGUUUGUUACUCACCCUGCCUAAACUGUCGGACCACAGUGAUUACCAUGACUGGAAUCCAAGCAAUGCCAGAGUGGAGUGUUUUAGAAGUGCUUACAUCCUUGUCGAAAAGUUCAUGCCAAUCGAUAAAAAUGACAGUAAAAUGUCCAUGUCACAAAAUGAUCGGCUUUUACAGCUGCUGUUAAAGGGACUGUUGUUUGAAUCUUGUAUAGAAUUUUGUCAGCAACAAGCAUCUAAGGAAGGGUCAGGGGAGAUUGAAGUGAAGGACGCUUCCUUGUUAGUGGACAGUGGAUUUAGCGAUGCCGAUCUAAGCCUGCUUUCUUGGCUACAAGGGGUUCCUGCUGAUGUGUAUGGGAUUCCUUUUGAACAAAAAUCGCUUAGUUUGGAUAUUCGUCCUUUAAUGAAACCGUCAUUAGAGGCUUCGUGGAGUGAGCAAAUUCUUGUCACCCCAAUCAAACCAAAGAUGUUCCCUCACUCGGCAGUGCCCUCAUCUAGGCCACGGUCAGCUGAUAUAAUGUCAAGAUCACUGAAUCCUCAGUUUGAUGGCUUAACUAGUGGUCUCUGGCAUGGAAGGAUGAACGCUUCAUAUUCUGGUAGACACCUUCUCUCUCAAUCUGUGAUCCCAGGAGUUAUGACACAAAGUCUCAAAUCUCGGAAUCCAAUGGAAAUGUCAAUGCAUAAGCUGUUUGUAGAGGCUGAAAAACUUGACACAGUCACAGCUGUCAGAGAAAAUCUCGAACAAAAACGUCCACAACCAGAUAAAGUUCCUGUGCAACAACAGCCAGCACAUGUACCUCAGAAACCCACACAGUUACAGAGUAUUCAAGAGCUGAAAAGUCCGCCCUCAGAUCCACAGCAGAGUGCCAUACCACCUCGAAUGUCUACAAGCUUCCACAACAAGACUCCACAGUCGUCCAUAAGGCUACAGCAGUCUCAACCAUUUGCUCCUCAAAGGUCACAGUCUCCUACACGGAGCGUCACCUUGGACAAUAGGUCAAGUGAUGAUGGUAGGUCAGAGAGCCAGGGAUCCAUGAGAGACUCAAGCUCUGAGCUUUACAAGGAGUACCAGAAACAACGACAGCUGCUGGAGGCUAAGCUUGCGGAGCAGGAACGUCAGCGGGAGAAGUAUGCACGAGAGCUUGAGGAUCUAGAAAGGAAGAGUCUCCCAGAUACCAAACUUCGGGAAUCUGAUAACAGGAUGCUAGAUAACAGACUUCAAGAGGCAGACAACCGUACAGUAGAGUCAAGCUUUCCGGCCUCGAUACAGGGGGACGUUCUCAGAAAACCUGAAAACAAAAACCUCCAGAAGGUCAUGCAGGUUACGAGCACACCAAACCAACGAAGACAACCCAUGAAUGAUCCAGAUUUUACUCCGAUAGAAACUCCUUUUCAUGCAAAUUUGGGACAAACACCAAGUUUUCUCAAUGAUUGUGAAAACAGCUCAGACUUAGGGGAACAACCCCCACCAGUAUUGAGACUUAGUGAUGACUCCUCUCUCAAUGUAGCAGAUUUCUCACCCAGUGGAAGUCCAGCAGGUCCCAGUGCUGUGACAGAGCUCCUAUCAAGUGAAAGGAAGGCCAGAUCACUCUCACCACCUGUAUGUGAAAGAUUAUCUCCUUUUGAUAAUGAGUGCACACCCCCCAUCCCUGAACGUGUUGACAUGAAAAACAAGGUCUCAGGCAAUGGAAUAGCAAAAUCAGACAAGGCAACAAAGAAACUACCAGUAACAAACAACAGGAAACAAGGAACAAAGGCCCCCGCUGCAGCAGGCCAGACUGGUUUACGAAGAUCACAGUCCACUAAAACUCCAACUGUGAAUAGAAAACCAGUCACAGAUGGCAGCAAGACUCUUCCUAGACCAAGCACUGGAAAACAACCAGCUGCAAGGCGUGGUUCCCAGGAAGUCCGAAGCCAGACACUGCCCAGGCCUAGUACCAAGGCAGCUGCCAGCCGCCCUAGCAACAUCAACCUGCGGGCAGCACCUGGGAUCAGAAAAACACGGGCACAGGGGGCCACAGAGAGCCCCAGUCGAGUCCAGCCCCGGGCCCCACCCAAGCAGGAGAAGAGUCUACAUAUGUCCGACCUGGACUCACCUCUUCACACCAGGAAAAAGCCAGCACAGUCCAACAAGUCUCGGUUCAUCCCCGUGACAACGCUGGAAGACAUGCAGGCAAUACGAACCAUUGCGUUCCAUCCCAGUGGGGACCUAUACCUAGUUGGGUCCAACACAAAAACUCUCCGUAUCUGCCAGUUUCCCGACCUCUCAAACUUGCAACCGGAUCACAUGACCUACCCUACCCGGGUUCUACACCAGAAACACAAGCACCACAGAGGCAGUAUCUACUGCUCUGCCUGGAGCCCAAUGGGGGACCUCAUCGCAACAGGCUCUAACGACAAGGCCAUCAAGAUCAACAGAUUCGACAUUGACACUUGCACUGUUGAUGAGGAUGACAUGGAGUUGACGUUCCAUGAUGGGACAGUUCGGGACCUUGUGUUUAUGCAGGACAUCAGUAACAGGGCCUCCCUACUCAUCAGUGGUGGGUCGGGGGACAGCAAAAUCUAUGUCACAGACUGUGAGACCGCCAUGCCGGUCAGGGCCAUGGCCGGACAUUCAGGUGUGGUGUAUUCCUUGCACACGUGGGGUCGGUGCAUGUUUGUAAGUGGUGGCCAGGAUAAGACAGCCAGGUUCUGGGAUUUGAGGGCCUCCACCCCCAUCACAGUUGUUCCCAGUCAUACAGGCAGUCCAUUUGCCUCUGUAUGUGUCGACCCAUCUGAGCGACUCCUGUGUUCUGGCCAUGAAGAUGGCUCUGUGAUGAUGUAUGACAUCCGUAACUCGCGCGGGAUCCAGAGUUUCCGACCUCACACUGACGAGUGUCGUUCAGCACGGUUCUCCAUGAAUGCUCUUUAUCUUCUCUCCAGCUCCUAUGAUAAAACGAUUGUGCUGACAGAUCUGCAUGGUGACCUGUUAAAGCCACUACCAAGUGUUGCAGCAGCAGAACAUCAUGACAAAGUGAUCCAAUGUCGCUGGCAUCCACAACAUCUCUCAUUCUUGUCAGCUAGUGCUGAUAAAACAGUCACUGUUUGGGGAUUACCUGUCGUUUAAAGUUGCUGACUUCCGGGAUGUGUUUUCUCAAUCAAACUGGGGAUAAGACUGUCACCUGUGGUAUUAUACUGGUCUCCAUGCCAGUUGUCUUCCCAAUAUUUCCAGUCACUUAGUUUCUUCAUGUACUAAGGCAUAGUACACAAGUAGAGACUGCGAGUGAAACAAUGGUCAAUUAACUAAUUAAGCCCACAAGCCCUACACUGGUAAAAUGUCUUCUGGGCUUGCUCAAAUCUGAAUUUUAUAUAGGAGGGCUUGUUAAAAAAAUUGAUGCUAAGCAGUAGUAUAAGAACUCUGGUCAAAUGCAGAGUACAGAAUUUUACCGUCGAUAGUUGCAAUUAUUCUCCACAGAAUAUGAUUUAAAUCAUUGCCUGUGUAUUAUUGUAGGGAUUGUAUUAAGUUUUUGACAUUUUUCCCAGUCCAUUUUAGGCUGAUUUCAGAAAGAUCUUUAAUUUAUAUUUUGAAUGUGGAAUCAGAUUUUACCUGAUUUUCUCUCAAUAUUUUCUCUGCAUUAUGGUAUUAUUGUCAAAUUUGGUAGGCACCAAUUUGGUGAUCUUAGUGGUAGUCCCAUAUUAUUUAUUGAAACACUUUAUUGUUGUUUCACAUGUUAUUAAUUGCUUAACUGACUAUCUUGGUAGAAAUAUACCAUACUUGAAUCAAUAAUUGUGUUUAAUUUAUUCAACUGCUGUUUAUAAAUACAUAAAUGUGUGCUAUCAAGUUUUAGUUCAUUGAAAAUAUCAACAAAUACCAUGACCGUAAUGUUCAAGCUAGGCUGGUCAGUUGCCUUUCACAGGGUUUUGAAACAUCAUGUCCUCUCAUACCACACAUUUAUUACAUAGUGUACUUUCUAGUCAAUAAUUUUAGUGCUUACCAUAUCGUUCAAACUGUAUACACAUUGGCAAGCACAAGUGAUUGUACAUUUACUGUGGCUGAUAUAGUGACUAGCAUCAUCAUGUUGUUGAUAUACAAAGGAUUUGUAAUGCAUAGCUUUUAACAGUGGCCUACUUUUGUAUAUUGGGAACAAGUGCAUUCUUAAUCUAAUCCUAAUCUGUAUUCUUGUUUUGUCAUUGGGUCGUUAUAAGACUUUAUUCACAAUUAAUGAUGUAUGUUACCGUUUUGCUGCUGUAUUAGUUUGAGCUUUGAUCAGCGAAUAUCAAUGUUCUUAUAUUUCACUGUUAUGUGUCAUACAAUAAUAUUUAACUUGUCUGUUUUUCAAUGAAAAAUAUUCAAGGUAUCGUUAAAGCCUUGGUGUUGGCAUGCAAAAACUUGAACCGUAGACAUAACUCAAAAUCAGUUCAAGAUAUUCACAUAAACUUGAUACACAUAUUUCACAUGUGUAGCAAGGCCAAUGACUCUGGCUUUAUUAAGUGUUAAUUUAUGCCCCUUUUAUAAUGAAAACAUAAAUAGGCCUUGGCUGUCACCCACACACUCCUGCUUAUACUGUUAUAAUGUUAUAUAAAUAUUUAACAAUUUACUCGUAUAUCAGGAUGCUUUGUAAUUAUGCUUUUAUUUAUUUAGCGUAUUGUUUGUAGGUUUUAUUUUACUUGGUGACAAUGUUAUAUUAAAUAAUAUCUGACAGUAUUCUAAAAGCAUGACUCAUGAAAGAUUUCUAAGAGUUCCUUCAGUUGCAUUCUUAUGUUUCAGAAAUCCAAUUGACAGUUUUACUUUACUAAACUCUUUAACUGAACAAUUUGUGGUAUUCUUUAAAGCACUAAACUAUAUAUGUACUAUUUUGACAAUCAUUCUACAAGGAUGUAAAAGAACACCCUGUUUAUGUUACAUGAAACUAUAUAUACACAUAUUACUGUUUCAAGUUUUACAUCUGUAUUUGUUGUGAUACCUUUAUUAAGUGUGAUAUUAUGUUUGCCAUAAGUUCAUUAUUUUGCUUGAUUUGUACAUGUAAGUAUUGAUCACACAGUAGGUGUUUUCUGUUAUGCUCAAUCACCCAGAAGAUGUCUGUUUACAUGUUAAUGUUUUAAGACCUAUUAAAUUUUCACUAGCAGAUAUGUAUAUGACAUUGUCAAUUGUGAUAGCCACCAGUAUCCAGUUCCUUUACUUAAAAUAUUUUCACCCCAGAAUACUUAAAAACAUAGUUUGUUUUCCCUUUUGCUCAUUUUUUCCAUCCAUUCCUCCAAAAGAGUUGUUUUUCUCCUUGUUCUAUCAUUGAGUUUUGAAUAUUAUUUUUCCGUCCAUUUGAUAGGAAUAUCUCUCUAUUAUAUAUUAUUAUUUUUUACACACAAACUGUUUUAUUUCUCAGUUCAUGUUUCUGUUUCAUGUCAUGUGCUUGAGUCUUUAUAUAAAUGAAGAAGAUGGCAUUGUGUUUUGAUAGUCCUUGUUAUUUUAAGACCUUUGACUCGGACUUUGUUUUGUUCUCCUGCUAAUGUAGUUUAUUUAUAUUACAUUGCAAAUGCAGUAAAAGAUGAUAAUUUUUGGACUAAAUUUUACCUUCACAUUGUUUGUGUACUAAUAGUUAGUGCUCUUUAUGUAUCAUGUGUAAUGCAUUCCUGCUUAAUAAAGUUUGCAAACUC